AUGAUCGUACCCGCCUUGUCACUUGCCAACCAUGGCGUUGUCCGUUGCAAUGUCGAGGAACCUGUCGACACAAAGGCCGAGACACGGUCGUUCGAGAACGUCGUUUGGUACAAGGAGCCUCAUCUGCGCAAGCUCUACUUUCUGACGAGCUUCCUCCUCAUUGGUUCGGCGACGACCGGCUUCGAUGGCAUGUUGCAGAACACGUCCCAGCAGAUGGACGGCUGGAAAUCUUUCUUCCCCGAGUACGCCGACGCCAACAAGCUCGGUAUCCUCAUCAACAUGUACAACAUUGGAUCCAUCGUCUCCUUCUUCCUCUCGCCCUACAUGGCUGACGUGCUGGGACGCAAGCCGACCAUCAUGACGGGAUGCAUCGUCAUGCUGGUCGGUGCCUGCAUCACCACCUUCAGCAACGGCUACGCGAUGUACCUGGGCGGCCGCUUCGUCAUCGGCUUCGGCAACGCACUGUCCCAUAUAUGCUCGCCGAUGCUCCUCACGGAAAUCUGCCACCCUCAGCACCGCGGGCCGCUGACGACGGUCUACAACUGUCUCUGGAACCUUGGCUCGCUACUCGUCUCCGUCAUCGGCUGGGGCACCGGCUCGAUCCCGAACAACUGGUCGUGGCGGUCCAUCACGUUGAUCCAAGCGGUGCCUUCGAUUCUCCAGCUCGUCGGCAUCUGGUGGGUGCCCGAGUCGCCUCGAUUCUUGGUCAACAGGGAUCGAGGCGACGAGGCCCUCGCCAUCCUCGCCAAGCACCACGGCGGCGGCGACGUCAACAACGCGACCGUCUUGUUCGAGUAUCGCGAGAUCAAGGAGACGAUAGAGGCCGAUCGCAAGUCGAAGAAAGCGACGAGCUAUCUCGACUUACUCAAGACGCGGGGCAAUCGCUGGAGACUGGCCAUCAUACUUUCGCUCGCCGUCAUCUCGCAAUAUUCCGGAAACGCACUCUUCUCCAACUACAUUGACAUCAUCUACGAAGGAGCCGGCAUCAAGGAGCAAAACAGGAAGCUAGCUCUGAGCGCCGGCAAGACCAUCGUCGAUCUCUUGAUAUCGGUCGGAGCUGCCUUGAGUGUCGACAAGAUCGGUCGUCGACCGUUGUUCCUGACGGCCAUUUCGGGCAUGGUCCUGUCCUUUGUCUCUUGGACCGUCACGGGGGCCGUGUAUGAAAGUUCGGCCUUCACCAGCCCAUCUGGCGCGACGCAGUACAGAAACACCGGCGCAGGCCACGCCCAGAUUGCCUUUGUAUGGCUUUUCGGCAUCUUCUACGACAUUGGUUUCUCGGGCCUGCUUGUUGCCUACGCCCUUGAGAUCCUUCCUUUUCACCUGCGAGCCAAAGGCAUGGUCAUACUGAACAUUACGGUACAGGCCGUACUGGCCGUCGGGAAUCAAACCAACAAGCUCGCAUGGGAUGGCCUACCGAAACACUGGAACUUCAUGCUCUUCUACACCCUCUGGGAUUUUGGCGAGCUUCUCCUGGUCUAUUUCCUUUACGUGGAGACCAAGGGGCCGACGCUGGAGGAAAUUGCGUGCAUCUUUGACGGCGACGACGCCGUGCCGCGCAUCGAUUUUGAGCGUGUCACAAAGGAUGCUCGAGCGACGGCCAUGGGUGACGAGAGUGAAACAUCGGCCAUCAAGGCCGCUUGA